ACUUUCACUCACUCACUCUCUCUCACACACACACACACACACACACACACACAAAGUGGACUCCUGUCUCUGUCGCCAAGUCAUGGCUGCCUCUCUGAUCUCAAGUCUCCAUUCAGCGGUCAUAGUGUUGCAGUUGACUUAAUUUCCCCUCCUAUUCAAAGCAGUUGAUAAUGACACCCUCCCUUUCUGACCUUUGUCAAAGUAAAUGUCUUUCUGUCAACCCCAGCUUUGGCCACCCUUGGCCUUCCUGGCCUGUAGUAGUGUCCUGUGCUCUCUGUGUGUCCGUCAAGUCUCACUUCCCAUGUGUGUGUUAGUUUGUGGUGCUGUCCUCUUCCUCCUCCUCCUCCUCCUCCCUCUCCCUCUCUCCCUCCCCUUCUACACCUUCCCUGUCUUUUCUCCCCAUCCUCUUUGACUUUCCCUGUAACCCAUGCCCACUCUGUGUCCCUCUCUUUCUUCUCCCUCUCUCUCUUUCUCUUUCUACAGUGUAGAGUCCUCUAAAUCUCCCUCCUCCUCCUCCUCCUCUUCCUCCUCCUCCUCCUCCUCUUCUUCCUCGAACCCUGAACAGGCCCUCAGCACGAGCCUCUGCCCUCUCACCUCUACUACUACUACUGCUACUACUACCACCUCUCCUGCCGCUACUACUGCUGCUACCUUUUCCUCCUCUUCCUCCUCUUCCUCUAACUCCUCCACUUCCUCCUCCUGUGUGGUGCCCCUCUCCGCCUCCAUCUCUCUGUCCUCCUUGUUGGCGCCUGGCCCCGCCUCCACCUCGUCCCGUGCCUCUUCCUCUUCCCCCUCCCAGUUUCCCGGCUCCUCCUCCUCCUCCCCCGCCACUGCCUGUGUCUCCAGUCUGCUCAGCCUCAAGCCCCUCCCCCUGCUGGCGCUCCAUGUUGUCAGUGGGUCGGCCUCGUCUAGCCCCGUUUCCACCUCUACCUCCGCCAACCCCGAGCCCAAGAUGGCUUCUGAGCUGGGCUCCAAGUCCAAGAAGCGGCGGCUGUCCCACUAUUAGGCCCCCCCCACCCCACUCCCAGCACAGGCUUGAUCAACCCCUGCACUGCUGUAGGCAUGGCCGUGCCCGUAAUACCUUUACUUUUCUCACCUGGUGUAAAAAUAGCAAGAAGGAAGUGUGUGUAUGUUGAGACCUGGCCUUCAGUUUUAAGAUUUGAUAUCUCUGUAUUUGGAUUAUUGAUCUCUUGCCUUUUCUCUCUUCAACUCUCACUAUCUAUAUUACUCUUGUCUCCUGUGUGUAAAGGACAUUUGAGUCCAUGGUCUUUGUAAGGAAUUUUAUUAACUCCCUUUUUCUCCUGAUCAUUUCUAACUUCAGCUCUUUGGUUGUCUCUUUUGGCUGUGAGCUCAGGUAGCCCUAAACUGUGUGUGUGCUUCAGAGACAACCCCUAUACUCUUAAAGAGCAGUGGAUGUGGGUUUUGUAUAGAGCUGCUUGUAGGCCAAACCAUGUGGUUUAGUGUGGCGUAAAUGCGUUAACCCUCCUUUCUGUUUUCUUUGAUUCCAAACAGUGUGCUCAUUUGACAGAGAUGCACACCAGUACUCUUGUUUCCCCGUUUCAUUCACUCAUUCAUUUCCUUGGCUGCCCCACCGAUACAGUAAUGCAGUUGAUCCCUACUGGUUUUCCUCUGAAAUGUUAGCUCCUAAAAGCUUUGGUGUUGUCACAGGAAACCCAUCCAGUUUAAUUUCCCAGAUCUCCCAUCUCUCGUCCUGCAACCUCUCAAAGAAUUGACCUUUUAUUUUAUUUUCUUUUGUUUGUCUGAAUAAGAGGCUCAUUUGCGCAAGUUGACAUGAAACAAACCAUAGUUGAAUAACUCCCCCAGUUGUUUCCAGUCGAGAUUUUUAAUUGUUAGCAUUUACCCUGGAAGUGAACCUGCUGCAUGCCCAAGAUGGUCUAGGGGUUUAUGUUUUGGCCUUUCCAGG